AUGGCGACCCAACAGCAGAUCGCUCUUGAGCGACUUGACAAUAUUGUCAGGGACCUAAGAUCUCGGACCUCCGACGAUGUUCGAAAGCGAGCAGCUCUCCAGCUUAGAGAUCUGGUGCUGGUCUGCCACAGAGAUCUUCCCCUCGACCAAUUCAAUACGAUAUACGGUCAAGUCAACAACAAAAUUACCCAACUCAUCUCCCACGGAAAUGAUUCCUCCGAGCGCCUGGGCGGCGUCUACGCCCUCGAUGCCCUCGUCGACGUCGAAGUAUCCGAGCAGUCGACAAAGAUGUUCGCCCGCUUCAACCAGAACCUCAAAACCAUUCUGCGCGGCAAGGACAUCAACCCCAUGCAGGCCGCUGCCAUCGCCCUGGGAAAGAUGUGCCGACCAGGCGGUUCUAUGAUAAGCGAACUGGUCGAAUCCGAAACCCAGAUGGCCCUCGAGUGGCUGCAGAGCGAACGAGUCGAGGAGCGUCGGUACAGCGCUGCGCUUGUCUUGCGCGAGCUGGCGAGACAGGCGCCCACCUUGAUGUACAACUACGUCGGCCUCGUGCUUGAUCUCAUCUGGAACAGCUUGAGAGACAACCGCCACCUCAUCCGCGCCACCUCCGCAGAGACCGUCGCUGCUUGUUUCCGCAUCAUUCGCGAGCGAGACCAGGAGCUGAAACAAACAUGGAUGGAAAAGGCUUACGCCGAGCUCAUGCGCGGACUGCAGCACGGCUCUGUCGAGUACAUCCACGCCUCGCUCCUCAUGCUCAAGGAGCUCCUCGAACAGGGCGGCAUGUUCAUGCAGGACCACUACCCCGAAGCCUGCGAGAUCGUCCUUCGCUACAAGGACCACCGCGACGUCACCAUCCGCAAAACUGUCGUGCUCCUCAUUCCCGAUCUGGCGAGCUACUCUCCUGCCGAGUUCGACCGCAGCUAUCUGCACAAGUUUAUGGUCUAUCUAUCCGGCAUGCUGAAGAAGGACAAGGAGAGGAACGACGCCUUCCUGGCUAUCGGUAACAUCGCAAAUUCAGUGAAGAGCGCCAUCGCCCCGUACCUUGAUGGAGUCAUGACACAUGUCAGAGAAGGCCUCAGUCUGGCCGCGCGCAAACGAGGCUCGGUCGACGCAGUGUUCGAGUGCAUAAGUCGCCUCGCCGUUGCAGUUGGCCAAACGCUGAGCAAGUACAUGGAAGCGUUGCUCGACCCCAUCUUCGAAUGCGACCUCACGCCCAAGUUGACCCAAGCCCUCGUUGAUAUGGCCUUCUACAUCCCACCCGCCAAGGAUACCAUUCAGAACAGGUUACUUGAUAUGCUCAGUAUGGUUUUGUGUGGGGAGCCCUUCAAGCCGCUGGGUGCUCCCCACCCCAACACUCUCACAUCUGUGCCCGCCGUUCCCAAGGACUCCAAGGAUCCUUUGGCGUACGAGCACCGCAAGGCCGAAGUCAAGCUUGCCCUCAAUACCCUCGGCAGCUUCGACUUCACCGGCCACGUCCUCAACGAGUUCGUUCGAGAUGUUGCUGUCAAGUAUGUGGAGGAUGAGGACCCAGAGACCAGAGAGGCCGCGGCUCUCACCUGCUGCCAGCUCUACGUGCGAGACCCGAUCGUCAACCAAACCAGUUACCAUGCUCUUCAGGUUGUUGGCGAUGUCAUCGAACGACUUCUUACCGUGGGCGUAUCGGAUCCUGAGCCGAAUAUCAGACGGACUGUCCUUGCCGCCCUCGACGAGCGUUUCGACAGGCACCUGGCCAAGGCGGAGAAUAUUCGCACCCUCUUCUUCGCGCUCAACGACGAAGUCUUUGCCAUCCGGGAGGUUGCGAUCUCUAUCAUCGGUCGCCUUGCUAGAUACAAUCCGGCCUACGUCAUCCCCUCUCUCCGCAAGACUCUCAUUCAGCUCCUUACUGAACUUGAAUUCUCUGAUGUAUCGAGGAACAAGGAGGAGAGCGCCAAGCUUCUCAGUCUGCUUGUGCAGAACGCACAAGGACUCGUCAAGCCUUACGUCGAUCCCAUGAUGUCCGUCCUUCUUCCGAAAGCCAACGACCCCAGCGCGUCUGUGGCCGCGACAAUUCUCAGAGCUAUCGGAGAGCUGGCGACUGUAGGCGGCGAGGAAGUUCUCCCUUACAAAGAUCGCCUCAUGCCUCUCAUCAUCGAGGCCCUGCAAGAUCAGAGCUCAAACAACAAGCGAGAGGCGGCACUUCACGCGCUUGGUCAGCUGGCGAGCAACUCUGGAUACGUCAUCGAGCCAUACUUGGAGUAUCCCCAGUUGCUGGAACUUCUUCAGAGCAUCAUUCGUACGGAAGGCCAGCGGGGUCCGUUGCGGCAAGAAACCAUCAAGUUAAUGGGCAUCUUGGGUGCUUUGGACCCCUACAAGUACCAGCAGGUUGAGCAACGACGGCCCGAUGCCCAGCGCCGCGUCGAGAGCACCCAGAUGACGGAUAUUUCUCUCAUGAUGACGGGGCUCACGCCUUCCAGCAAAGAGUACUUCCCGACCGUCGUCAUCAACGCUCUUCUGCAAAUCCUCAAGGAUAACUCUCUUUCGAGCCACCACGCGUCCGUCAUCGAAGCCAUCAUGAACAUCUUCCGUACCCUCGGCUUGGAGUGUGUCUCGUUCCUCGACCGAAUCAUCCCAGCUUUCCUCGGUGUCAUUCGCGCCGCAGAUAAGACACGUCUCGACUCCUAUUUCAGCCAGCUGGCCACUCUUGUGUCCAUCGUUCGGCAGCACAUCCGUAACUUCCUACCCGAGAUCGUGGAGAUCUGCCAAGAAUUCUGGCACACGACCAGCACUCUUCAAUCGACCAUCAUGAGCCUGGUCGAGGCCAUCUCCCGGUCUCUCGAGGGCGAGUUCAAGAUCUACCUCGCUGGAUUGCUGCCUCUCAUGCUGGGUGUGCUUGAGAAGGAUACAACCACACGACGCUUGCCUUCUGAAAAGGUUCUUCACGCUUUCCUCGUCUUCGGAUCCAGCGCCGAAGAGUACAUGCACUUGAUCAUCCCUGUUAUUGUCAGGACGUUCGAGAAGCAAGGGCAGCCGCCUCCACUGAGAAAGCAAGCGAUCGAGACGAUUGGCAAGAUUACGUAUCAGGUAAAUCUGAACGACUACGCUGCGAAAAUCAUCCACCCCCUCACACGCAUCCUGGCCAGCGGCGACAUUUCUCUCCGAGUUGCUGCGCUCGACACCUUAUGCUGCCUCAUCCAGCAGCUGGGUAAGGACUAUCUGCAUUUCAUGGGCACGGUCAACAAGGUUCUCGCCCUGCACCAGAUCCAGCAUCAGAACUACGAUCUUUUAGUCACCAAGCUCCAGAAGGGGGAAGUAUUGCCUCAAGACCUCGGCGCUGGCGAUCGUUUCGUCGACCGAAUCGACGACCAAGCAACAUUCGGCGAUCUUAACGCGAAGAAGCUCGAGAUGAACGCCAUCCAUCUCAAGCAAGCGUGGGAUACGAAGGGCAAGUCGACCAAGGAGGACUGGCAAGAAUGGCUUCGUAGGUUUUCCACGACGCUACUUACCGAGUCGCCCAACCACGCACUCCGUGCUUGCGCCGCCCUCGCCAGCUCUUAUCUUCCCCUCGCUCGCGAGCUGUUCAACUCGGCAUUCGUGUCAUGCUGGGGCGAACUCUUCGAGGGGUUCCAAGAUGAGCUGAUUCAGAACAUCGAAAGCGCCAUCAAGUCCGAGAAUGUGCCCCCCGAUUUGCUCGGUCUGCUGCUCAACCUCGCCGAGUUUAUGGAACACGACGACAAGGCGCUGCCUAUCGACAUCAGAGUGCUAGGUAGGGAAGCUGCUCGAUGUCACGCGUACGCCAAGGCCCUCCACUACAAGGAGCUCGAGUUCCUGCAAGACCAGAGCAGUGGUGCGGUUGAGGCUCUUAUUGUGAUCAACAACCAACUUCAGCAAUCUGAUGCAGCCAUUGGUAUUCUCCGCAAAGCGCAGCUUUACAAAGAGGGAAUUCAACUUAGAGAGACGUGGUUCGAGAAGCUGGAGAGAUGGGAUGAGGCGCUUGAGUUUUACGACAGGAGAGAGGCAGAAAUACCAGAAGACAAGCCUGUGCCCGUUGAUAUCAUCAUGGGCAAGAUGCGUUGCUUGCACGCCUUGGGCGAGUGGGAGUCUCUGGCCAGCCUUGCCAGCACUACCUGGUCCAAUUCUUCUCCCGAUGUCCAGCGGCUCAUCGCCCCUCUCGCUACUGCCGCAGCUUGGGGCCUGGGCAAGUGGGAUUCAAUGGACAGCUACUUACAGUCUAUGAAGCGCUACUCGACAGACAGGUCCUUUUUCGGAGCCAUUCUUGCUCUGCAUCGCAACCAGUUUAGGGAAGCUUUGAACUGCGUGCAGCAAGCUCGAGAAGGCCUAGACACGGAACUGAGCGCCCUCGUCAGCGAGUCAUACAACCGGGCUUACCAGGUCGUCGUCAGAGUCCAGAUGCUUGCAGAACUCGAGGAGCUUAUCGUGUACAAGCAAACUGACGACAAGAAGAAGGCAACGAUGCGCCGCACCUGGGAGACGCGACUGAAGGGAUGUCAGCGUAACGUCGAGGUUUGGCAAAGGAUGCUUAGGCUGCGUGCACUGGUCAUCACUCCGGCGGAGAACAUGCACAUGUGGAUCAAGUUUGCCAACCUUUGCCGCAAGUCAGGUCGCAUGGGACUCGCUGAAAAGUCCCUGAAGCAACUUAUUGGGGUCGAGGCUCCCCUGGAUACGAUGAUUCCUUACUGGAACGAGCGGCCGCAACAGCCGAACGUCGGACUGCCUAGGAACAUUCCUUCGCAAAUCAUCUACGCUAUGCUCAAGUUCCAGUGGGAGGUUGGUCAGCAACCUAUCUACCGAAAUGCCGGGGUUUCCGAAAGAACUCUCUACUGUCUGCGGAAGUUCACGAAUGACUCAGCGCAUCGGUACGAGGCCACCAAGGCUCACCUCACGGCCCAGGCUCCCAACGGCAUGGAUUUGACAAGCGACUAUGGCUUCCCGCACCAGAUCGACCCUAGUCUUAUGAACCCGCAGACGCAAAAGGCACUGUACGAUCAGACUGUUCUUCUGGCCAAGUGUUAUCUGCGCCAGGGCGAGUGGCUUAUUGCCUUGAACAGAGAGAACUGGCAGUACGAACAUGUUCAGGACAUUCUCACCUCGUACUCGCAGGCUACCAAGUACAACCCGCGGUGGUACAAGGCAUGGCAUGCCUGGGCUUUGGCCAACUUCGAGAUUGUCCAGGCUUUGUCUGCUAGAGGUGAACGAACUGACCACAUGGUCAUUGAGCAUGUUGUCCCAGCGGUUCGUGGCUUCUUCAAGUCGAUCGCGCUUUCGGCCGGCAGCUCACUUCAAGACACUCUUCGCCUCUUGACACUUUGGUUCACGCAUGGCGCCAGUGCCGACGUUAAUGCCGCCGUCACCGAAGGCUUCACCAACGUCAGUGUCGAUACAUGGCUCGAAGUCAUCCCGCAGCUCAUCGCUCGCAUCAACCAGCCGACGCGUCGCGUACAACAGUCCAUUCACAGCCUCCUGGCGGAUGUCGGUAGAGCCCAUCCGCAGGCUCUUGUCUACCCCUUGACUGUGGCCAUGAAGUCUUCUCAAAACACCCGCAGGUCGCGAUCCGCUGCUCAGAUUAUGGAUAGUAUGCGUCAACACAGCGCCAACCUCGUCUCUCAAGCCGACGUUGUCAGCCACGAACUUAUCAGGGUCGCGGUUCUUUGGCACGAGCAAUGGCACGAGGGACUCGAGGAAGCAUCGCGACUCUACUUCGGCGACCACAACAUUGAGGGCAUGUUUGCCACCCUGGAGCCUCUUCACGACCAGCUUGAGAGGGGCCCGGAGACGUUGCGUGAGAUUUCCUUCACUCAGGCUUUCGGCAGAGACCUCACCGAAGCUCGCGAGUGGUGCAGACAAUACGAAGCCAGUCGGGACGUCAACGACCUCAAUCAAGCCUGGGACCUGUACUACCAGGUGUUCCGGCGCAUUUCGCGACAGCUACCCCAGCUUACUACGCUCGAGUUGCCUUACUGUUCGCCGAAGUUGCUCGCCGCCAAGGAUCUUGACCUUGCCGUUCCUGGAACAUACAAGAGCGGCCAGCCGAUCGUCCGCAUCAUGGAGUUUGAGGGUACCUUCACGGUUAUUAACAGUAAACAGCGGCCCCGAAAACUCAACAUCAGCGGCAGCGACGGUGUGUCCUACGCCUUCUUGCUCAAGGGCCACGAGGAUAUCCGCCAGGACGAACGAGUUAUGCAGUUGUUCGGUCUGUGCAACACCUUGUUGGCAAACGAUUCCGAGUGUUACAAGCGCCAUCUUAACAUCCAGCGCUACCCGGCAAUCCCCUUGUCGCAGAACUCCGGUCUUUUGGGAUGGGUUCCCAAUAGCGAUACGCUUCACGUGCUGAUUAGGGAAUACCGUGAGAGCAGAAAGAUUCUCCUUAAUAUUGAGCAUCGCAUCAUGCUUCAAAUGGCUCCCGACUACGAUAAUCUCACUCUCAUGCAGAAGGUGGAGGUCUUUGGAUACGCGCUUGAUAACACCACCGGCCAAGAUCUCUACCGUGUUCUGUGGCUCAAGAGCAAGAGUUCCGAGGCCUGGCUGGAACGUCGCACAAACUACACACGCUCCCUUGGUGUCAUGUCGAUGGUUGGAUACAUUCUGGGUCUCGGCGAUCGUCACCCUUCCAACCUUAUGCUCGACCGCGUGACUGGCAAGAUCAUUCACAUCGACUUUGGUGACUGUUUCGAGGUGGCAAUGAAGCGCGAGAAGUACCCCGAACGGGUACCCUUCCGACUCACCCGCAUGCUCACCUACGCCAUGGAAGUGAGCAACAUUGAGGGCAGCUUCCGCAUCACAUGCGAGCAAGUCAUGAGGGUGUUGCGCGACAACAAAGACAGCGUCAUGGCUGUCCUGGAAGCAUUUAUCCACGAUCCUCUCCUGACUUGGCGCCUUACGAAUGCUGCCAGCCCGGCAGGACCGAACUUCCGCUCCGAACGAGAGCAGUCCCUCGCUGGCCCUCAAGGCACCCGCGCCCGCAGGCCUUCGGUUCUCGACGCAGAUAUUGCGCCAUCCGAGCUUCUUGCUGCCGAUCCUGGCAUCCCUGGCGGACCAGCCGCGCGCUCUCGUUCAAGAACAAACUCGUCGAUGGCUCACGAAGGCAGUGUCGUUAACGGUAACAACGGUCAAGACCCCGCCGAGAUCCAGAACGCGAGAGCCGUUGAAGUGCUGGAUCGUGUGUCUCAGAAAUUGUCAGGCAAGGAUUUCAAGCCAGACGAGGAGCUUGAUGUCAUCAACCAGGUCAACAAGCUCAUCACAGAGGCGACGAAGUUGGAGAACCUGUGCCAGCACUACAUAGGAUGGUGCAGCUUCUGGUAA